GGGGAGAGACGGAGGGAGGGAGAAAGAGAGAGAGAGCAGGAAACAGACCCUGGAGGGAGGUAUAGAGCCAUCCACUAAUGCUGCAGCGCAUAUAGCAGUGAAACACACGUGCACAUACUCACUGCGGAGAGAGAGAGAGAGCGAAAGGGAGUGACUGACUGCUGACAAACAACAAAAACUUUCCAGACUGCCUCACCUAUAGCACUCUGCCAGGAGCUACAACACAGACGGCACAUCGCAUUUUAUAUUUUCUUCUUUUCAAACUGAAGAGGACCACCGUGAAACGGACAUUGAGCAAAGAGGACUUACAAAAACUUGGACUUGGCGCAACUUUUUUGUGUCUCAGCAAAGCGAGGGAAAAGCAGAGCAGUGGUUAAUUAGAUCUGGUAUCUGGACUUACCCUUCCUCGUGGAUACAGGCACCGUGUCUCUGGUUCGGCUCUCGCUGACGGGGAGACUCGGACAGAAACAGGAAAAGAACGACAAGCCGAGUGAGUACAAUUCCCACUCUGUCUGUCCGUCCGUCCAUGAGUCGGGCUGCUGUCCUGCCAGGCAGACAGGCAGGGAGAGAGACAGAGACGGGGGUAGGGGAGGGACAGAGGGAUCCUGCAGGGAAAGAGCCUCUCCCCGUCAGAGCUAUCCCAAAAAGACAGGAGCACCAGUCGAGCCAGGUCCAAUCAGCAUUUACAUCUCACUCCUGUUUGUUCCCAGCAGCCAGCAGUGGGGUGAGGGAUCGUUGGUUAACAGACGUAACAGACGACAGCUGCUCUCUUUGUCUUCCAUUUGUUUUUGUUUUGUUUUUUUGGUACGUGUUGGGUCUCAGGACGGACAGAAACCCCUUUCCACUUCAGUGGUUUAAAUAAAAUCACCCACCGCACCCCCCCCCCCCCCCAUCCUCCCCCAGCUGCAAAGAUGAGCAACAACACAACGGAGGAGUGCGACAGGAACGACGAGUUCAAGUACACACUGUACAGCACCGUGUUCAGCAUCGUGUUCGUGGUGGGCCUCAUCACGAACAUGGCCGCCACGUACAUCUUCGCCUGCUCUCUCAAGCUGCGCAACGAGACCACCACUUACAUGAUCAACCUGAUGGUGUCCGACCUGCUUUUCGUCCUGACGCUGCCCCUGCGCGUCUUCUACUUCAUCAACCGCCACUGGCCGUUCGGCGCCCUGGCCUGCAAGCUGUCCGCCUCGCUCUUCUACACCAACAUGUACGGGAGCAUGCUGUUCCUCACCUGCAUCAGCGUCGACCGCUUCCUUGCCAUCGUCUACCCGCUGCAGUCGCGUGUGGUGCGCAACAAGCGCAACGCCAAAAUCGUGUGCUGCGCCGUCUGGGUGCUGGUGCUGGCGGGCAGCCUGCCCACGGGCUUCCGCCUGAACACGUCCUUCAACGACGACCUCACCAACCGCACCUCCUGCUUCGAGAACUUCUCCUCCAAGCAGUGGAAGACGCACCUGUCCAAGAUGGUGGUGUUCAUCGAGACGGUGGGUUUCCUCAUCCCGCUGAUGCUCAACGUGUUCUGCUCCGUCAUGGUGCUCCAGACCCUACGCAGGCCCCAGACCCUGACGCAGGGCAGCCAGUUGAACAAGACCAAGAUCCUGCGCAUGAUCGUGGUGCACCUCCUGAUCUUCUGCUUCUGCUUCAUCCCCUACAACGUCAACCUGGUCUUCUACGCCCUGGUGCGCAGCAAGACGCUCGCCAGCUGCACCGCGGAGUACGUGGUGCGCACCAUCUACCCCGUGGCCCUCUGCAUCGCCGUGUCCAACUGCUGCUUCGACCCCAUCGUCUACUACUUCACCUCUGAGACCAUCCAGAACUCCAUCAAGCGCAAGUCCACGACCCGGCGUUCCUACGACGUCCGCUUCUCCGAGGCUCUGCAGUCCGAAUCCUCCUCGGCGAUGCUCAGCUUACAGACCCUCAAAUCCAUGAUUCCGUUCCGUAACGAGUCCAAUGUGUGACGCUGCCACGGGAUUGGCCGCUGAAAGGGUCACGUGACUCAUGGAUGUGUGUACAUAUCAGAUAUUACUUUACCUCUGUGAGGCCUUAGGGACGAGGGGGUGGGGUUGGGGUUGAAUCUUCAAAAAAGAAACAGCAUGGGAAGGAUUUUUAACCCAGCAACCCCCCAGGAGGGAAAAGAAAUAAGACGCUGGAUUUUCGUUCUUUUCUCCUCCAUUUACAAAGCUAGCAGUUUAAAACAGCCAUUUCAUUAACCCUGUUGUUUUUGGGGGUUCUGAUUCUUCUUAUGUUCUCAUGUUUUGCGAAAAAUGUCACAACCACCUUACUACAUCGUCAUGUGGAAUACAUCUGUUUCUACCCCAAAACAGCUGUGAAGUUACUUACUUCAAACACAAAUGUACUGGAAUGACUUCUGAACACUGGAGCUGCAUGUGUAAUGUGUGUUUCUGAAACUCGCCUAUUCGUGUCCCAUGGUAAGUCAAUGUCCCAUGGCGCUGACAAUUAAAGAGAAAGCUCUGACUUAAACACGUGAGGCCAAACUAUAUAUGCUAUAUAUCCUGCUUUUAAUGCUUCAUUUGAUGCCAUUUUGGACACUGGUCUGGUCCAGAUUAUUGCUCGAAAGUAGAGGACAGCAAGCCAUCGAAGCUCAGGAACAGCAUUAAUUACGAAAUAAAAAAAACUAAACGUAUUAUGAAAACUUUGUUUCAUGACAUUCUAUACAAUGCACUGACCAGCCAUUUCAAUUUAAUUUGCACUGUCUCUAAGUUAUUGGCCUUUUUAAGAAAUAAAUAAAUAAAGUAAAAGUAUCUUGAAA